GGACCGAUUCUUCCCUCAUUUUCUUCCAUAGUUCAGAGACUUUACACAUUAAUGCACACAUGAAGACAUCACAUUGGAAACAGUGCGUGUAGUCAACAAGGAAGACGAUUGUUUGGCCUACAUUUGGGUUGCACUGUUCCAGUACCGUCCCAUCGCUGAUUGGGAGGAUGCCCAACUAAGAUGCAGAUAUGCAGUGCGGGCCAGACAUGUUGGAGGAACACUUAGCUAAGCUAAAUCCUGUUUUACGAGGAAUGGAAGACAUAGAUGACCAAGAAGAAUAGAUCACGGUAAUGGACAACAUGGACACCUGCUGCCUGGAAGACAAAAAAAAGAUGGAUUCCAACAAAGUAUGGCAGUGGCGCAAUUUGUGUGUAAAGGAACAUUCAAGACCUCCAGAAACAUUCCAUCACAGCAAUAGCAUAGGAUUGGAUUUUAAUGUAGCAUCCAACACACACAAAAAAGUGGACUUACAAUUAGUGACAAAUGGUGUCAUACUUGAGGUCUGUGACUUUGCCAGAACAGUUAACAAGAGUAAAGGCAAUUUUAUCACUAACAUUCUGGCGAACAAUUUUGAUCUUGGGUUGGAAAAUGAACAACAGCUGAAUGAUUUUACUGCUCGAAUUCUGCACAAAGUCAAUGACCUGAUCAGGAAACCUCCUCAAGAUAAAAAAGAAGUUUUUACUCUCUUUGACACGUCAUCAAAGCCAGAAUGCAACAGCAACAAUGGACUGAACAUGGCAUCUGCAGAGCAUGAGACUGAAAGUUUUGUGGUGGAGAUGGAUGAUACUGAUGAUACUGGACAUGGAGAUGAGUACACAUGUUCACAAGCAGCAUCCAAAGAAUACAUGAAGACGGAGAGUCUCUUGGAAGAGAUGGAAGAAGCACACGGGGAUGACAGUGAACAUAAGGAUGAAUUUAAGUGUUCAGGAGAGCAGUCAGCAGAAGAACUGAAGGAGGAUGUUCUUCUCCCUUCGUUUCCCUAUUCUGAAGAAAUGGGUCUGAACCUUGAUGUUGGGUCAAAACAAAGUCUAGAUCCAGGUUUGUUGACAAAGGGCGUGAUGUUAGAAUUGGUACACUUCACCAGAAUACUGACUGCAUCCUGCAGACUUAUUGUUCUGGGUGUGCUAGAGCACAAUUUUGAACUUAAUCUCAAGAGUCGACAGGGAAAAAAUCAAAUUUGGUUCAGGAUAUUACAUCUGUUGAAAAGAAGAGAUCGACUUAUCACGACUGGUAGAGAAAUAAGCAUGGAGUUUAAAAAUGAGCCUUUUUCUUUCCAGACAAACACCUUCAAAGGAACCAGAGGUUCAGCACUGUCCAAUAUAGAAGUCAAGCAGAAUCAGUUUAAGGAAGUGGCAAAAAGAAGGCAGUCUGGUUUUAAAGGUAAACGGGAAACAUCAGGUGAAAGGGCAAACAAAAGGCGUAAAAGAGGACAGUCUAAAGACAUGGAGACGAAGACACUCUCUCAUCACACUGAAUUGUGUACCACUCAAACGGCAGAGGGAGAACAUUGUCAAACUUGUCCUCUAUCAGAGUUUGAUCAAGACUCCUACACUGGCAAUGAAUGUGACAAAGAAAGGGAGGAAAUGGAAGAAACACAGAACUACCACACUUGUUCUCAAGGAGAGUCUGAUCUAGACUCAGGCAAAGUUCCACACUCUGGAAACUCUGGCAAUCAAGAUCUCUUAAAAAAGACCAAAAGUUGUCCUCUGAGCUCAGACAUCUCUAUAGAAUCAGAAGCAAGUUGUCGGAGAGUUAGUAUGCCUUUACUCACCACCACCUACAUCUCAUCGAGUUUACCAAUUGUAAACACAAAUGUCAAGUCAUUGACAUAUCCACCUGAUGAAACAGGGCUUGGUAAAAGUGAAGAGCAAACACAGACUCCCAAAAAUGCACCAACUGAAUGUGACAUGGAACAAGAGGAAAUGGGAUCAGAGAACAUGUGGAAGAUGCGUGCUAACCGUGUAAAACAAAUCCUCUCUGCAAAAGACUUGGGUACAUUCUUAAAGUCCCAAAAGUUUGGCCUUGAAUUCAACGUUGGAUUUGGCCCAAAGCAAAACUUCAGUGUUGACUCUUUACCUGAUUCUAUCCUGCUUGAAAUUGCUAAAUUUGCCAUAGCAAUGAAUUCAUCCCAACAGAAUUUCAUCAUGGAGAUACUUGAGUACAAUUUUGACAUCAUCCUGGAGAGUGAAUCCCAGAGAAUUGUUUUCGCAUGUGAAAUUAUGGAAAGAGUAAGACAACUGAAAGAUUGUGAAGAUGCAGUCAGAUUCUCAAAAGAGGUCUUUGAACUUCAUGGUCCCGUACCAUCAACAAGUAUUACAAAUCAGGGUGUGGGCAGUGUCAACGGUGAACUCAGCAGCAUAUCGAGGAUGGAAGAGUGUGAUGUCGCCUGCGGGUUUCCUCCUCAUUCACAGUCUGAAACUAAAGAACAUAUUUCACAAAAGAGUGUGGAUCUUUAUCCCUUCUGCAAGGAAAUUAGUCUGAAGUUAGAUGUAAACUGUAGUCGACCAAUUAAGAAACUGGAUAUCAACAAACUGACCUAUGGAGCAAUGACUGAAGUGACAAACUUUGCAGAAAGGUUGUGUGGAACAUUUGAGCAGAUUUGUGUUGACAUCCUAAAACACAAUUUGGAUCUUGGUUUGCAAUGUGGAGAUUCUGACCUUGCCAGAAGUAUUGUUGCACGAAUUCCUGUUGUACUGGAGAAAAGGAAUUCUUUAAAGGCUACAUAUCAUGGAGGCUACAAGAAAAUAACAAGAAAUGACUCCUCAACAAACGUGAAACUUGAUUCCCAGAACAACCCAAAUUCAGAUGCAGUUUGUGCGGGUUCUUCCCAGGCUCCAAUCACAGACCAAGAUGUAGGCAGUUCCUCUGACAUUGAACACCAAAAUGAGCUCAAAUUAAAGCUGUGGCAAUUGCGGGCCAAUCAUAUUCAGGAAAUCCUCUCAAGACCUCAUGAGGAACAUUGUCCAUUUUAUUCUUACUCAAGAUGCAAGAAACUAGGCAUUGAUUUCAAUGUGGGAUCUGGAGUAAAACAGAAUCUUGAUCCCCAAUUACUAACCAAUGGCAUCAUGGUUGAACUUCACAAUUUUGCUGGAGACCUACUAGCAGCCCAAAACCAUUUCAUCACAGAGAUACUGGAGUAUAAUUUUCAUCUGAAUUUCAACGAUGAGUUAAAUCGCAUUGCCUUUGUGAAGAAAAUGAAUGACCGAAUAAGAAUAAUGAAUGUGAGUAGAAAAAGCAAAAUACCUCGAUUGAAAAUGCAGUUUGAACUCCCUGACACAAAUUGCACACCAGAACCUACCCAUAGCAGAGUUAUAUAUUGCCCCAAAUGCUAUCAAGUCAGAAAUCAUAAGCAUCGUCAGCACGACUCUGACUCUGGUCACAUGCAUCAUCCUCGUCCACAUACCAUGACUGAUACAGGCUCUGCUGAUGUAAACUGGACUGCACAAAAGCCAGCAAAGCAUCUGUCCUCCACCUCCUCAGCAAUAGAGGAGAUGAUAAUGGACUGUUACCCUCUCUGCAAGGAAAUAGGUUUGAACCUGUGUGUGGACAAAGACCAACCAAAAGAUAAGCUUGACACGCAUGUAUUGACGCAAGGGAUUAUGAAGGAAGUGGCUAAGUAUGCAAAUACAUUGUGUGGAAUGAAAUAUAAGAUCAUUAAUGAUGUCCUUCAACACAACUUCAACAUUGACAUGCAGGGGCGAGAAGUAAAUACUUUAUUGUCCUUCUACACAGAGUUUAAACAAAAUGAUGGCUUUCUCACAUGGCUCAAUGACGUGUACGUCAUGCAACCGAAUCCUAGCAGUCAACCAAAAAGUGUAAGGAAAAAGAAACGGACAGCUGCCGUGCACGGAAGUGAAUUGAUGGAAAGUAUCAAAAAAAGACAGCUGACACUGCAGACACAGGAGAAAACGGCAAAGACAAAUACUCUAAGUAAAAGAAACCGCUUGCCAAUUUUCACUGAAAUUAGUUUGAACUCGAGAGAGAAAGAAAAACUCGGCCUGAAGCGAUUGAACAAUUCUACGUGUGACAUGGAACAAGAGGAAAUUGCAGCAGAUAACUACUACACCUGUCCUCUACAAGAGUCCGAUCUAGACUCAGACGAACUGACAGACUCAAAAAACUCUGGCAAUGAAGAUCACUUACGAAACCCAAAAGGCUUUUCUCUGAUCUCAGACAGCUCAUCUACCUUACCAACUGUAAACUCAAAUCCAACCCCCCGGUUUGCCAGCCAACCUGAUGAAAGAGGGUUUGUUGGAAGUGAAGAGCAAACACAGACUCCCAAAAAUGCACCAACUGAAUGUGACAUGGAACAAGAGGAAAUGGGAACAGACAACAACAUGUGGAAGAUACGCGCUAAUCGUGUCAAACAAAUCCUCUCUGCAAAAGAAUUGGGUCAAUUCUUAAAGUCCAAAAAGUUUGGCCUUGAAUUCAACGUUGGAUUUGGCCCAAAGCAAAACUUCAGUGUUGACUCUUUGCUUGAUUCUAUCCUGCUUGAAAUUGCUAAAUUUGCCAUAGCAAUGAAUUCAUCCCAACAGAAUUUCAUCAUGGAGAUACUUGAGUGCAAUUUUGACAUCAUCCUGGAGAGUGAAUCCCAGAGAAAUGUUUUUGCAUGUGAAAUUAUGGAAAGAGUAAGACAACUGAAAGAUUGUGAAGAUGCAGUCAGAUUCUCAAAAGAGGUCUUUGAACUUCAUGGUCCCGUACCAUCAACAAGUAUUACAAAUCAGGGUGUGGGCAGUGUCAACGGUGAACUCAGCAGCAUAUCGAGGAUGGAAGAGUGUGAUGUCGCCUGCGGGUUUCCUCCUCAUUCACAGUCUGAAACUAAAGAACAUAUUUCACAAAAGAUUGUGGAUCUUUAUCCCUUCUGCAAGGAAAUUAGUCUGAAGUUAGAUGUAAACUGUAGUCGACCAAUUAAGAAACUGGAUAUCAACAAACUGACCUAUGGAGCAAUGACUGAAGUGACAAACUUUGCAGAAAGGUUGUGUGGAACAUUUGAGCAGAUUUGUGUUGACAUCCUAAAACACAAUUUGGAUCUUGGUUUGCAAUGUGGAGAUUCUGAUCUUGCCAGAAGUGCACACCAGAACCUACCCAUGACAAAUAUACAUAUUGCCCCAAAUGCUAUCAAGUCAGAAAUCAUAAGCAUCGUCAGCACGACUCUGACUCUGGUCACAUGCAUCAUCCUCGUCCACAUACCAUGA